UCUAAUCCCCCGACUACAUUAAUUCACCACAGUGAUGGUGAUUCAAAAACAUUGGAAGAAAAUUAAAGCAUAGGCAGAGUAUACAAAAGCAUACCCACGGUAGUAUAGUACACAUCAAAUACAAAAAAUGCAGUUAAUGGCCUAGCCGAUAUAUGUGUUACUUUUAUAUUUUGUUUAAAUAUCGCUUUUCAUUGACAUAACAACAGUCCUAUUGAUAUACAAGUCAUCAAUUCAAAAGUAAUCUACGUAUAUGGGAACAAAAAUGCAUACACCAAAAUAAAUAAAUUUUAAAAAAAUCAGCUAUACGGGACAUUGGUAUGCUCUCUCAGUUUAUUAAUGGUAUGUAACAUUCUAUACAACAGAUUUCGUUUUGUUCAUAAUCUCCGCUGCAAUUGACAUUGAAAGUAUUCUUUUUCCCCUGAGGAAUAGCUGUACCAUCGUCCAGACAUUGAACACGAUGUACCUAAGGCAGAAUGAUAUAAAAGAGAUACCACAAAAAGCAUUUUCCAAUCUGGUGCAUUUACGAUAUCAGUAUAUGGAUGGUAAUCCGGUGCUGUGCGACUGUAAUAUAAAAUGGUUGCUGUAUUCCUAUCGCAUGAGAUACUUGAAAGUGAACGCAAUAUGUAGUGCCCCUGCAUACAUGAAAGGAAAAUGGCUCCACAGACUUCAGCUUUCACACAUACGGUGUGAUUGUCGAAUUCCUGGUCAGCUUUACGGAGGGAAAAGAAACAAGACAAUAAGUGGGAAACCAUGCAAAACAUGGAAAAAGGCAACAACAAACCAGACAAAAUAUGAUGAAAUGGUUAAAUCACAGGAAAACCACUGCACAAAUCUUUAUGCAGAUGAACCUGUGUGUUUCCCAAGGAAGCAAUCGGAUUUGAUGUCAUGUGAUGUUCCCAUUUGUAGUGAUAAUCCCUGUAUAAAUGAUGAAUUUCUGGAAAAGAGAUACGGAUUUGUGUCCCUGUACAGCCGGCUGCAGUGUAUAUACAGAGAGUUAACCUCCCUUGUGCCGCCAUCGCUGCUUCACUGUGGACUCGCACAAAGCCUUGUGAAGACAAUACAGGUGAAGAAAAUACGGUGUCCAGACAAAAGAACCAUGACCAGAGCCUUGACAUUACAGACAGACGACUCCAAACAAAUGUUUGAGAAAUGUUACUUACUUGAGAACAACCAGCGUGAGCCCUUGACAAAAAGAAUGCAAAAGGACCAAUUUUGCCUAAAACAUCUGAAAACCAUAUUUUUUUCUGAAACAAGGGAACAAUUCUGCAGGUCAGUGUCGGUGUUUGUAAACUGCAAGUUGUCACAAUUGAUGGAGAUCACCGAUGAAACAAUCACAGAAUAUGACAAGAACUUUGUUUCCAGCCGACUGCAAAGAGAGCUCCAGCACACAGGAUUCAAACAAUACAACUGUGAGGCAUAUCAAUAAGUUUUUUUUUAAAUCUAAAUUUCAUUUUACUCGCCCUACUUCAUAUUCAUAUUGCUUUUGAUAAAUCUAGCAGCUACCUGCUUAACAUAAAUAACGUUUUUUAACUUUGUUUCGACAUGUAAAUUAGGCAACACCACAUCGCAAACAAGACAGAAUGGUUAGUACAAUAUGCAAUAUAAAAUAUAAUGCAAUCUAUGCAAAAAAUGUGAGUUAAACAUUUUCUUCGUUAAUGAAGUGAAACUUAAUUAAACAAAUACAGACGUAUCGGUAUAGAACGCUAUUGCAAUCUUUUCUCAACUCAUUAUUUUUGUUUAGAUAAUACAUCACAAAAUAUUUCCUUGUAUAUUGAGGACAACCGAAGUCUCCUGGUUACUUAUCUUGUCGAUUGUAAAAUCCGUGGAGUUAGUUAUCUUGGAACACAAAACAUGACAGAGAGAGGUUUUGCGUGCCAGGCGUGGGACAAACAAUACCCACACGAACACAACUACGGGGCCUAUCCUGAAGCCCACGAGAACUUCUGCCGAGAUUUUGAUUCUGACGAACCAUGGUGCUUGACAACGAACAGGAAAGUAGUCUGGGAUCGGUGCAUAAUACCUCCUUGUGACGUAAAUGUCACAGCGAAUUCUUCCUCAUGUGUGUCUAUGGAUGAACUGGAUCUCCCUGAACUGGAGAAAGAAAGAAGUUGUCAAUCCUACUGCAACUGGAUUAGGAAAACUAUAAAUGACGCAAUAGCGAAAGAAAAUUUACAAAAUGGACGUACAAGUACCUGUGGACUCCAUGACAGGAUACAGUUAAUUCGUAAUAAAGGGCAUCUUCUUCACAGGGGCACCUUCACACCUUGGAUGUGUUCCCUCUCCAUUUUUGAUGACAAAAAAGAUG